AUGGAGUCUCGAUCAAGUCUGAAGAUAGCGGUGGUUGGCGCUGGUCUUGGCGGCAUGGCAGCCGCGUUCCGCUUCGCAAAGCAGGGACAUGAUGUCGAAGUCUAUGAGCGGAGACCCAGUGCUUCGACCCAGGGAGGAGCGAUCUUCAUCAUGGGUGGCGCGACUCGCUGCCUUGAGCGAUGGGGAUUGAAGGAGUCCUUCUCGUUGAUCUCGGACGUGAUCUCAGCACAUCAGUUCCGCAAUGCUUAUGAUAAUAGCCUGAUGAUGCAAAUGCCUGCCGCUCAGGACUGGGGCUCAGAUCGCCAAAGUGUGGUGAGCCUACUCCACGACCGCGCAGUGGGAGCGGGUGCUCGUAUCUCAUUCGGCUCGGAAGUGGUCUCGAUCGAGGAGAGCGAGAGCAAAGCCACCAUCCAACUCAAUAACGGCGUCACUACGACCGCAGAUCUCGUCAUUUGUGCCGAUGGCAUUCUCUCGCGCCUGCGGUCCAAGGUCUUGCACACAUCAGACUACUCACCCAUGCCAGCUCCUUCCACACACUAUCCGGUAGAGAUCCCUUACGACGCGCUGGUGAAUGAUGAGAACGCCAAGAGCUGGAUCACCUCUACAGAUUCGAUAUUCUGUACUCGAACUGGCGGGUACGCUAUGGCAAGGUACCACAGCAAGCUGAGACGCCUCCAAGUUAUGUUCUCGAUUCAAGCCGUGGAUAACGACAACCCGAGGCUGUGGGACGAACACGGAGACCUUGAGUACGUGCGCGAGUACUUCAAGGAGUGCCACCCUGCCUUGACAUCAGUGCUGCAGCUCGCGAAGUCAUGCUGCCGCUGGCGCCUGGCUUCCAUGCCAGAACUUCCUCAAUGGUCUAGCGAGCAUGGCAGGUUGCUUCUGCUUGGCGAUGCCGCUCACGCCAUGCUUCCAAACGCAGCCCAGGGCUUCUCUUCGAUCAUUGAAGACAUUGAAGUGCUCACAACUCUUCUUGAAGGCGUGAAGAAGCCAAAGUUCCAGGAGAUCGCCAAGUCAUGGCAAGAAAUUCGCAUGCCGCGUGUGACCAAGAUGCAGGCGCUGUCCCAAUUCAAUUACGAUCUUGGCAAUAAGAUGAGCAUGAUUUGGAGCAACGCUGCGGGUAACGGCAGCAGCGAUGCUGCACCAUACACAAAUGAGAAAGAGGGAGAGAGCAAUAGCCAGUAUGAGGGCAGCACUCAAGGUAACACGCCCGAUGGUAGCCAGCACGGCGGAGACAAGGAGUCCGCAGCGAUGGACGACCGCGCAGAUGCGAACGCUGACUUCGGAUCGCCGCCAUUCCAGAAGUGGCUUUAUGAGUAUGAUGCAACGGAAGAGACCAAGCUUUACCUCAAAGAAGCUGCUUCGAAGGCAGCGCCGAAGAGUAUGGCGGACUUGCAGCUUGAGCGGGCUCUGGGUGCUACUUUUCUGUCGAUGAGCGGUGACGAUGGUAUUCUUGCGCAGUAG